AUGCAUGUUUUGCGAUCUGUCUGCUUACCCAGCUCGCCGCAGGCGGUUGUUGCCGCACAAUUGGCUCCGGCAGAAACUCAUCUUGCCGUGGCACGACAGGCUGUUGUUGAAGUGUACAAGUUUGAUCCGAAGAAGCCGGCGUACUUGGUUUCCCGGCGUCUGUUACAAUUCCCGCUGCCCGUGGAUGCGUUAGCAGUCAUCCCUGCGAAACUCUGGCCUGGUGCUGGAGAUUCUGUCCAAACAGACACUUUGGCGGUUUUAGCCGCCAACACACUCCAUCUCGUUCGUCUAGUGGCCGAUACGCUCCAAGUAAUACACCGCGUCACUUUGGCGAAUGUGGAAGGCCAAGGACGCUGCACAGAGACACCACCGUUGAUGGUAGUGCUAUCCGGUGGAAAGUACUUGUACUUGGUGAUGCAUGUGUUCCAAGGGUUUGUGACGGCUGUGGAUUUGCAGCAAAUCUUCUCCACCAACGAUGACGCACCAAGGAAAGCGAAGCGUGCUCGCAGAAACACCGGGGGAUCGUCGCAUGCUCGAUCGUGGACGGGAUCCAUGACAGCAACGCCCGGAGAAGCCCGCGUGGCACGCACCUACAACAUCGGGCAAGUGGCUGUGCAACAGAUUGUGGCAGUUCCCGGAAUAGAACCCACAUUUGCGCUUCUCUACCGCGACAUCGAGUUCAAUUACUCGCUUCGGCAUUACUCAUUCGCCAGCUUACUGCAUGCGCUUGUGGUGAGCAGACAAAUGCUGGAGUUCUCUGACGCGCCUCUGCUUGCGUUUGCGGCAUUGGAUGGUGUUGUUGUGGCUAGUGACUUGCACAUGUACUAUUUCCCCAAUUCCGGCGAGGUGGAAGAAUAUCCGGUAGCAACGACUCACGACGUGACAAGAAACAGCGAAAACACAGUGAUGACGCUCGGCUUAUACAGCGAUUACCUUGGCGCCUCCUUUUCUGCCCAUGUGGCGCUUGAUCUGGACCGCCAUCUUCUCGUCUCAGACAUGGGCCACACGCUUCUUCUCACCUUGAGCGGGAGUGUGAGGGCAUCAACUACACGAGUGACUUGGUUCAAAGUGGAAGAUGUUGGCUUGUCCACUGUCGCAUCUUCGUUGGCUUAUCUCGGGCCAAACGUGGUUUUUGCCGCUUCUCGCCUCUCGCGCUCAUUGUUAUUUCAGCUUAGGAAGGGUAAGGGAAAUUUAGGGACAACUACGGUGCGAGUGUUGGCGUUCCUCCCAUCUUCGCCACCUGUAUUGGAUAUGCAUGCCAUUAAGGGACAGGAUGGGCUUGUAGUGGCUCAGGGUGGUCUUCAUAGUGGCGAAUUGGUUGUGCGGACACUGCAGCAGUUUGCUGCGGUAAACUCCACGGGGCAAACGAGAUCAGCAGAUGCAAAAGCGUUCCAAAUCACCUAUGCGGGCCGAGACAAGGUGUGCUAUACUUUGACCCGAGAAGGCAAAAAGGGCUGCAACGGGGAGAUGUAUUUCUGGAAGCUGAAAGAUAUACUAGCGUUCGAAAGAGAAGACAAUUGGAAAGAGCACGAUUGGUACAAGGACAAGGAUCACGAUAAUGAACUGCUGGAGAACACACAAAGACUUAACGAUACAGAUGAUCUGGACGAAGCCUCUGGUGACCUGGACAGGCUAAACCCGAGCGACGAGCGUAAUAUCGGCAAAACCUAUUUCUCCGACGGCUUUGUAUAUCUUGAGGGAACGUUUUUUGUGCUCGAAACCAAUAUCUUGCGCAAAAUUCCCUUGCCGUUCGAACAACCAGCGUCGUUGAGUGUGUUUGAAGAGGAAGACGCUGUGCAUUUCAUUGUGCUGCUGUGGUGUGGACGGUUGUGCUGGAUCAUUUCGUCAGAUGAAGGAUUACAUAUUUAUUUGAACACAGAAACUAGUCUCAAGGGCCACGUCAGCGCUGCAAUUUAUCCUCUUACGAAUGAAGAGAAUCUUCUUGUUGCUGUGGAUGGAACAGGAAACUUUGAACAGCAAUUGUUUGUCGGUAAAACAUUGAAGAACAAGAUCUCAACUAAAAUCGAGGUUGACUUGGACACUUUGUUCCGUUAUCGAAACGAAAAGAAGUUGUUCUUGCGAAGUUCAAGAAAAAUUUACUUGUUGCAUCCAUCAGAUUCGCCAUUCCUAUCACUAUCAUUUGUCACGUCUACACAAUCGCCAAUGCUAGACUGUCAGCUGAUUCCUCAUCCAGAUGGCAAAAAUCGUUUCCUCAUUGUUUACGCCCAAGGCAGACUUGAAAGCCUCGUAUACCAGAAGUUACCUUUGAACCACAAUACUUUCUUCUCAGAUAAGUUGGUGCUCCAGGCAAUAAGUUUAGAGAGACGAAAUGUCAUCGUGGCUAUUCUUUUGGAGCUCAAGCCUAAUAAGUCGACAGGGAAGAUGGACAAGCUCACAUCGAUCGUUCUUUACGACCGAAAAACGUUGCAAGUUUACGAUACUGUUGCAGAAGAUCCAGGCAGUAACUUUGUGGGACUUUGUGCACUUGGAAGUGGAAGUGGAUUAAAGGAUGGGCAUUUUGUGGCAGUUUGUAAAUCUGAUUAUCCCAGCAAACUUUUUCCGAUAUUCAAAGUCCAAGGAACUCGGAUUGUCAAGUUUGCGCUGCCGCAAUUGGAAGGUUCUUAUCCCAAACCUCUUACCGCUGUGAAAGUGAAAUGUUACGAUGGAGUAUUGCAUGUGAUUGGCAAUCGGUACAUUACUUUGGAGCUCGAUAUGGAAGACGACCAGUUUAUUUGGAAGAGCAGAUUUCGGGCUCCUCUCUGUACUUCGCUUACUUUUGGUGUUGAUGUGGUGCAAGUGGGGGGACAAGUUUUCAUUGCCGAUGUUAGUCGUGGAUUGUUGACAUUCAAUGCUGCUAAAGAUGAAAUGGAAAGUUUGAAGACAGUGUUUUCCCCGUACUUCAUUACUGUUCUCGCUUCAUUCCAGGACAAGCUUUUAAUUUACGGUGAUAGUGCAGGCAACAUUGGUGCUCUCUCUGUCCGAAAAGGCAAUGAUCAAGUGACAUAUGAACAGAAGUUUGGUUUCAAUGUGGGGGACCAGGUCAAUACCAUCUGCGUGAAAAACGACACUUUAUACAUAGGCACUAGUGGAGGAGGCAUUUUCCGGGUGGAUGACGUUGAGAUUAGUCCCACGUUGGCGUCUGUCUACGAAAAGAAGUCGACAGAAGCAAGAUUACUAGUCAAGCCAUGGAAGACGUUUGAUGAUGAUGUGCACGAGAUCGAAGGCAUCUAUGAUGGGGACUUUUUGUGUAAGGAAAUGAUGGAGGGAAGCGAGGAAGAGAUACGGAAUGAAAUUGAUAGAAUUUCUUAUAUGACGACCAGGAAUUGA